AUGGAUUCAGACAGCAAAGCUGAAAUUGCUGGACUCUUCACAGGAAUAAGUAUUAUAAUAUUAGUCUUAUUUUCUAUGAAUUUAUACUUUGGUUAUCAAAAGUAUAUUCAAUUUCCAAAGACUCAACAACAGACUCAUUGUAGAGUUCAUGAAACAAAUGUUAUGAAAUGGUUUAAUGGAAAAUUUCAAGCAAUAUGGACAGUCGAUUUUAAUGAUAGUGAAUCAGAAAAACUUUCAAAAAUAUUUGUAAACAAUUAUACAACAUUUACAGAUGCAAUCGAAGCAACAACGAAUCAGUAUAAAGUGAAUUGGUCAAGUUUACAAAUGUUAUUACAAUAUAAAGAAACCUUAUGA